UGGCUCUCCGGCUGUGUCUCUCUGUUGUCCCCCAGCGAGAGCAGCUCAGCCCCCAUUCACAUGCUAAUAAGCCCCUAUAAAUACUAACAACAGACACUCAGCGCAGCAGCAGCAGCAGCAGCACGUCUCACUAGGAUUGCACAAUAAACACAGGGCGAGUUUGUAGAUUGUUUUUUUCUUUUCCUGUAACCGGUUGUGUUUGCCAGCUGCUCCUCGGUGGGUGGACGGUAGUAAGCAGUGGGAGAAGCCACAGAAGAAGCGGCCAGAUCCGACCAACAUGGCUCCCUCUGCUCGACCCAGCAGCACCGACCUGGAGAUGGAAGAAGAGGAGUCCGACUAUGGGAUCCAGAGAGGGGACAGAAAGACCAGGAAACCUCUGGUGGAGAAGAAGAGGCGAGCUCGCAUCAAUGAGAGUUUGCAGGAGCUGCGGACUUUGCUGGCAGACACAGACUUUCAUUCCAAGAUGGAGAACGCAGAGGUGCUGGAGAUGACGGUGAAGAAGGUGGAGGACAUACUGAAGAACCGAACCCAAGAAACAGACGCACUCAACCGAGAAGCCAGCGAGAGGUUUGCGGCCGGCUACAUCCAGUGCAUGCACGAGGUCCACAUGUUCGUUUCCAGUUGUCCUGGGAUAGACGCCACGGUGGCGGCGGAGCUCCUCAACCACCUCCUGGAGUGCAUGCCCCUGAACGAGGACCACCUCCAGGACGUGCUGAUGGAUUUAAUCACUGACACUUCCGGGAGUAACGGCAGCACUUGGCACGGAGGCGAUGAAUCGCUCUGCACGACUCUGUCUUCACCCGGAGGAAGGAGUCUGUCCAGCGGCUCGUCCUCGGCCCUGUCCCCGGCCCCCUCCAGCACGUCCAGCGAGGACCUCUGCUCCGACCUGGACGAGACCGACAGCGAGCACAACCAGAGCUCCACUGAGAGCUUGGAGAACAGCGAGGCCCUGAGCAUGCCCACCGUGACCUACCCUCGGUCUAUGUGGAGACCCUGGUAGGGAUCUGGGGUCUGGAUGGAUGCAGUUUGGAUACGUUGAAGCAGCUUUCUUAUAAGAUGUGACACCGGGCCGCUUAUUGAAAGGGAAAAUUCCACUCUACAACAUAUGAACACUUCAAAAAUAACCAUUUAACUUGCAUUUCUUGGCUCAUUUACCCCGGCAGAUAACCGGCCACAAGCAUGGAUUUUUUCCUGGAUUACCCACACUGAUAUUCAAUAAUCGAAUCUGUUCUUGAAGACACACAGAGACCAAUUUGUUCACUAACAGCAGCCUCAGUUGAUCACAAUGCAAUGCAACAGCAGAUCACUUUUGGGAGGGACCAUGGUUGUGGCUUUUCUCUUCAGCAAGUUUGAAUCCUUUCCUUGGCAUUCUGGGAGAUUUAGGAAAUCCUUCAGUGAGGUAGAAGUAGAAAAACACUCUUUGGAUAUCACAGAAAAAUGUCCAACAGAGUGUUAAAGGGUGGAGUUUUCCUUUAUCUCAUUACAGGGGCCCUUCCUCUCAAGGGCCCCUCCAUCUUGGGGCCUCCUGAACGUACUCCCCCUUCCCUUUUCAGUAGCGACUCCCUGGCUUUGAGUCCUCUGUCAAGACUUUUCUAUACACCUGGAGAGAGUUGAAACCUCCUCUCUCAACAUUCACUUACAGACGAGGAACAGUUGAACUUCACACUUUUUUGUUUUUUUUGUGUCAAUAACUCUGUGUAUAUAGGAUUUGUAUGUGGAGAAAAGCUCUUUUAGAAACCGAGAAGUUUGGCAAUGCCUCUGAUUAAUAUAAAUAUUUCUAUUGUAUUUCAUAAAGGCCUGUAGUUUAUUGGACCAGUAGCCUCCUUCAGAAUGACCACUUUAUGUUGUAAUGAUGUUUAGAGAUGCCAGUAAAAUGUCUGAAUUUGAUAAAUAAAAUUAUGUAAUUGAA